AUGAUGCAGUCUGGAAUGCCUGCAGAUUCCCUCAAGCCGUUGGAGGGGAAGGAAAGGAUAUUUCUUCUAGUGGGAGCUCCAAAAGCAAACACUACCCAGCACAACAUCGUAGAAGGAGGCCAGGUGCUCAAGUGUAACUGGAAUUCAAACAGAAACUGCCAGCCGAUUAUAUUUGACUCCACAGGCAACAGAGAUUUUGCUCCUGAUGAUCCACUGGAAUUUAAGUCUCAUCAGUGGUUUGGAGCCUCUGUGAGAUCCAAAAAUGAUAAAAUCCUGGCCUGUGCCCCAUUGUACCACUGGAGGACUGAAACAAAACAAGAGAGAGAGCCUGUAGGAACUUGUUACUUGCUUGCUGGAUCUAAAUCUGUGGAAUAUGCACCCUGCAGGUCAACCACUAUCGAUGCAGAUGGACAGGGAUUUUGUCAAGGUGGAUUUAGUAUUGACUUUACAAAGGGAGACAGAGUGCUACUUGGAGGACCCGGAAGCUUUUACUGGCAAGGCCAACUUAUUUCUGAUCGAGUGGCAGAGAUUGUGGCUAAAUACGACUCCAAAGUCUACAGUACAAAGUACGAUGACCAGUUAGCAACCAGACCUGCCAGUGCUGCUUUUGAUGACAGCUACUUGGGUUAUUCAGUGGCUGUUGGAGACUUCAACGGUGAUGGCAUAGAAGACUUUGUAUCAGGAGUCCCAAGAGCGGCAAGGACUCUGGGCAUGGUGUCUAUUUACAAUGGGAAAAACAUGUCUUCCAUGUACAACUUCACUGGAGAGCAGAUGGCUGCCUAUUUUGGGUAUUCGGUGGCUGCCACAGACAUCAAUGGGGACAAUUACACAGAUUUGUUUAUUGGAGCCCCUCUUUUUAUGGAUCGAGGUUCUGAUGGGAAACUUCAAGAGGUUGGCCAAGUUUCCAUUUGCCUUCAGCGAGCCUCUGGAGGGUUUCAGAUCACAAAGCUGAAUGGUUUUGAGAUAUUUGCAAGAUUCAGCAGUUCUAUUGCACCUCUGGGGGAUCUAGAUCAGGAUGGCUUCAAUGAUAUUGCAGUUGCUGCACCAUACGGUGGAGAGGACAAGAGAGGACUUGUCUAUAUCUACAAUGGAAGAGCAAACGGUUUGAAUGCAGUCCCAUCUCAAAUUCUUGAAGGGCAGUGGGCCGCUCGCACUAUGCCACCCAGUUUUGGGUACUCGCUGAAAGGAGCCACCGAUGUGGACAAAAAUGGAUAUCCAGACUUGAUUGUUGGAGCCUUUGGUGUUGACACAGCUGUUCUGUAUAGGGCUAGACCAGUUAUUAGAGUAAUUGCUGCCCUAGAAGUUAAUCCAACCAUUCUAAACCCAGAAAACAAAGCCUGUUCGCUGUCAGAUGUAAAGGUUUCUUGUUUCAAAGUAAAGUUCUGCUUAAAAGCGGAUGGCAAAGGAAAGCUUCCUAAUUCACUCAAUUUCCAGGUGGAGCUGCUGUUGGAUAAACUUAAGCAGAAAGGAGCUAUAAGGAGAGCUCUCUUUCUCCACAGCAAACAGCCUAGCCACUCCAAGAAUAUGACUAUUACAAAGGGGGGCAAAAUGAAUUGUGAAGAACUUGAUGCCUUUUUGAGGGAUGAAUCUGAAUUUAGAGACAAACUAACUCCCAUUACUAUUUUUAUGGAAUAUCGUCUGGAUUACAGAACAGCUGCAGAUGCAACAGGAUUGCACCCUAUCCUCAACCAGUUCACUCCUGCUAAUAUGAGCAGACAGGCACAUAUUCUGCUGGAUUGUGGUGAUGAUAAUAUCUGCAAACCAAAGCUGGAGGUUUCAGUAGAAAGUGAUCAGAAGCAGAUCUAUAUUGGUGAUGACAAUCCCUUGACACUAAUUGUCAGUGCUCAGAAUCAAGGGGAAGGAGCCUACGAAGCAGAACUCUUUGUCGUCGUUCCGCCCCAAGCAGAUUUCAUCGGUGUUGUUCGUAACAAUGAGGCUUUAGCAAGACUGUCAUGUGCAUUUAAAACAGAGAAUCAAACUCGCAUGGUAGUUUGUGACCUGGGAAAUCCCAUGAAAGCAGGGACUAAGCUAUUAGCUGGCCUGCGUUUCAGCGUGCACCAGCAGUCUGAAAUGGAUACCUCUGUGAAGUUUGACUUGCAAAUCCGAAGUUCCAACCUGUAUGACAAUCUAAGUCCGGUAGCAUUCUAUCAGGCUGACCUUGCUAUUUUAGCAGCUGUUGAAAUUAGAGGUGUGUCGUCUCCUGAUCACAUAUUCCUUCCUAUUGCAAACUGGCAGCCGAAGGAGAAUCCAGAAACAGAAGAUGAUAUUGGGCCUCUAGUUCAGCAUAUCUAUGAGCUGAGAAACAACGGCCCAAGUGCAUUCAGCAAGGUGAUGUUGACUCUGCAGUGGCCUUACAAAUAUAAAAACUACACACUGUUGUAUAUUGUUCAGUAUGAAAUUGAUGGUCCCAUGAACUGCACUUCUGAUAUGGAAAUCAAUCCAUUGAAAAUUAAGAUUUCUGCUUCUAAAGAUGAUGAGAAGAAUGAAACACUUAGCAGGGAAGAUAAUCGUGAUCAUCGCAUCAGUCGAAGGGAUGUAACUGCCAUUGAAGGAGACGUGCAUACUUUGGGCUGUGGAACUGCUGAUUGUUUAAAGAUAGUCUGUCAAGUUGGCCACCUGGAAAGGGGAAAGAAUGCAAUAUUGUAUUUAAAAUCACGCCUUUGGAUGCAAACUUUCAUGAAUAAAGAAAAUCAGAAUCACUCCUAUUCUCUCAAAUCAUCUGCUUCUUUCAAUGUUAUAGAGUUCCCUUAUAAGAACCUUUCCUUUGAAGAUAUCCACAAUUCUACAGUAGUUACUACAAAUAUUACAUGGGGCAUUCAACCACAGCCUAUGCCUGUGCCAGUGUGGGUUAUAAUUUUGGCUGUCCUAGCAGGAUUAUUGCUCUUGGCUGUUCUAGUGUUUGUAAUGUACAGGAUGGGCUUUUUCAAACGUGUGAGACCACCUCAAGAAGAACAAGAAAGAGAACAACUGCAGCCACAUGAGAAUGGGGAAGGAACAUCAGAAGCUUAAGCAGAGUUUUAUCUGUAAGACAUUCUGAAAUUUUAAAAUGCCUACAUCUUGGUUACAAAUAUUGGUUUCCCCCUUAAGGAAAAAACACUCACGACUGCAAAGCUGCUGGUCUCAGAAGGUAUCAGCAUGUACAAAAUAAGAGCAAUAUAUUUAAAUCCUCCUUUUUGUGUUAAUUAUGUUCAUCCAUGUGACUAACACAUCUGCACUGAUUUGUGUGUGAAAAAAUUAAGUAAUAUGUAGUGCUGUGAUUUUGCUUAUUGGGAUGUAGGAGACAUCAUCUUUUUUGAUUCACAGACCGACCUUACAUGAAUUAUUACACAGAUUCUGCAUUUGCUCUUGAAGCCAACAGCUUCCAUAGAUACUUGUCGGAUGACACGUU